CUUAGUGAAUAACAAGAAUGAAUUGUGAGAGCGGACUGAGCUUACUCGGACGAUUAUCCGUCCGCCCGUCCUUAAACCAUCUCUUCGGAGAAUCUGUGCCUCCUCCGCAGUUUCCUGUUACUCCGGUAUUCUACUCCGGAGUACUGGGAGACAGUAGUGUUCCGGAAUCCUUCUUUAUGGAGAUGAUUUGUAACGCUUGUCUCCCGAUCCUUUACCGCGGGGUUCAAAUCAACGGCUGUGAAUCAACUGUACUCCUUUUCAACUGUGAUCAUCAUAUUAAGUCUGACGUGUUGGGAGGAGAACUACAGAGGAGAGUCAAGAAUAUUUCUGAAAACCAUUUUAGAUCUCUCCCCAAGGAAGAAAGAAAAACUAAAAGAUUAACUUCAUCAGAUCAAUGGAAAAUAGUUAAGAAAUCUUUAGAAAGAGUUCUAAUCAUGGAAGCUUACUCUCCUAAUACACUAGAGGUUGGGUUGAUAUCUUUGAAAAACAUGCUGAACGGAAAUCUGAAUAUUUCUCUGGUUCUUAUUUCCGGGAUUAAUGCCUUCUACCAUCAGGUUUCUCUCUGCACAGGAUUGUACCACAACGCAUACCUACGUCGCCUCCUCAGUAUUCUUACAGACUCAAUUCAGAACAUGAAUGAGAACCUGAAGAUUUUGUACUACCAGCUCAACUUCUUUAACAAGACAGACAACUUCUACAAUUUCUCCAACCCUAGGGAUAAACUGUACGGGAUCAAAGAGAAGAUAACCCUGAGUAAACCCAACCCUGCCGGAGUGUAUACAGUAACUUACAACAAUACCCACCUAGAGUUCAGAACUAUUUGAUAAAUUUCUAAUUUUUAUACUUUCAGACAAAUGG